GAUAUUUCGCGUAGGCGACGGCGUCGGUUUUGUGCGAGCAAACGAACAAGCUAGAGAGAGAGAGAGAGAGAGAGGGAGGGAGAGAGCGAGCGAGAGAGUUUGGCAUAAUUCGAUAAAGUCAUUGAGGCCACGCCGUGUGCCAUUACGAAGAGCGAAGUUACCGCGGGACAUUGAGACCGCGCCAUCAUCCCGAAGCGAGGUGAAGCGAAGCGCACGGCAAAAACUGAUUAGCUGAUAUGUUACACCUUCAGAGCAGGAGGAGCUGUUUAUCAAAAAGCUCCGGCAAUGCUGUGUGGCGUUCGAUUUCAUGGAUCCGAUGGCUGAUCUCAAAGGCAAGGAAAUUAAACGGAGUACGCUCAAUGAAUUGGUGGAAUACAUCACGGCGGGACGAGGUGUCCUCACCGAACCUGUUUACCCGGAAACCAUUAAAAUGGUUUCUGCAAAUUUAUUCCGUACGUUGCCACCUAGUGAAAACCCAGAUUUCGAUCCAGAAGAGGAUGAUCCGACCCUGGAGGCGAGCUGGCCUCAUCUCCAGCUGGUCUACGAAGUCUUCCUCCGUUUUCUCGAGUCUUCAGAUUUCCAGCCCGCUAUCGGCAAAAAAGUCAUCGAUCAAAAAUUCGUGUUACAGUUAUUGGAUCUAUUUGACUCGGAAGACCCGAGGGAAAGGGAUUUCCUGAAAACCGUUUUGCAUCGUAUUUAUGGCAAGUUCCUGGGUCUUAGAGCCUUCAUACGUAAACAAAUAAACAACAUUUUUCUGAGGUUCGUGUACGAAACGGAACAUUUCAACGGGGUCGGUGAACUUCUUGAAAUCUUGGGUAGCAUUAUUAAUGGAUUUGCUCUUCCUUUGAAAGUAGAGCACAAGCAAUUUUUGGUUAAGGUGCUGUUACCACUGCAUAAAGUGAAAUGUUUAUCGAUAUAUCACGCGCAGUUAGCUUAUUGUGUGGUGCAAUUUUUGGAAAAAGACGCGACUUUAACAGAACCAGUUGUACGAGGCCUCCUUAAAUUCUGGCCUAAAACGUGCAGCCAGAAGGAGGUGAUGUUCCUCGGCGAAAUCGAGGAAAUAUUGGACGUUAUAGAACCUGUCCAAUUUGUUAAAAUACAGGAACCUUUAUUCAGGCAAAUCGCACGUUGUGUAUCUUCACCACACUUUCAGGUUGCGGAGAGAGCGUUGUACUUUUGGAAUAACGAGUAUAUAAUGUCUCUAAUUGAGGAGAACAAUCAUAUAAUAAUGGGGAUCAUGUUCCCGGCAUUGUACAGAAUUAGCAAGGAGCACUGGAAUCAGACGAUCGUAGCUCUUGUUUAUAACGUUUUAAAAACAUUUAUGGAGAUGAACAGCAAGCUCUUCGAUGAACUUACUGCCAGCUAUAAGUCUGAAAGGCAAAAAGAGAAGAAGAGGGAAAAGGAGAGAGACGAAUUGUGGAAGAAACUGGCUGAAUUGGAGAUAGGGUCACGUAACACUCCGACAGGUAGCUCCAAUAAUGCAGUUCCUGCCACUAACACACCUACAACGCGUGCUCGUCCCUGAGCUGGUGGAAAUACAGUACCACGCUGCCCGAUUGUUAGCCCUUAGUUUACGUCGAUUGUCCAUGUACUACACGCAAAAAAUUAUUGUUGUUAGCGAAACAAAGUGUCUCACGAUGACAUUCUUAAUGACGUUAUUGUAACUCAUUUUAUUAGUUGUGACUGAAAUGGCGGAGUUAUUGGAAAGAGGAGAGUGAAAAAAGAAAAGACGAUGCAGAUAAUCACGGAAUUUUAUUCUUUGACAACAAUAACGACAACGCGACGAUAACAACAACAACAACAAUAACAACAAGAACAACAGCAACUACAACUGAAAAACAACGUGGCGAUCAGUGAAUUUCAAAUGAUUUUACACGUGUCGUAACAUCGGAUAUAUUUCACACUUUCGUUUUUCUUCCGUUUUUUUCUUUUCUUUCUCGGGACGGCGACGAUCGAUCGGUUGCAUGAUGUACUCAGUGUCAGCACAUAAUAACGACAAAUCUUUAGAGUCCCUUCUUGACUAAGAUCUCGCUGCGCUCUCAGUAGGUGGGGACAAUCGGUGGUGUAAAUUUCGAAACGGACGAAGUAUACACGUCGUUGUGAUCCUUAAUGUUCGUUCUCGUAGGACGCGACACUUCGCGCAUUCGUGAUGACGGCUAAGUGUGUGUGUGUCGCCUCCUGACUGACCCCUUCGUGCGAAUUCUUGCCCCCGACGGAGCCGGCGGGGGUGUUGUUUGAAAUGUAACAUAUAUUCGUACAUUAUACGAUAAACGAUAACUAUAUUAACAGGUACGUAAAGAAUUAGGUAAAUGAAAACAAAAAGUAUAUACAUAUAUAUAUAUAUAAAUACAUAUAUAAAUAUAAAAUAACGUAUAUGUAUAUAUACAUAAUAUAUGUAUAUACAUAUAUAAAUAUAUAUAUAUAUAUAUGCGACUAUAAAGAAAAGGAUAUAGUAAUAUUGACGAAAUACAACAAAGUCAGACACACACAGGCAUACACCAAACUGCGAUAAAAAAAGAAACGAAGAUAUACAGGUGUAAAACAUAUAGGCCGAUGUGCUAACUAACAUAGACUGUUGCUGGCUGCGUGUCCGCGGCGAGUUAGAACAAACUUUUUUCAAGAAGCCGAAAAAGCGCGGCAAGUGACAGCGGAACAUAAAUAGUUAACGAGUGAUAAGGUGUUUGCUUACGCGGACGAUGGAGAGAGAAAGAGGAGACGCGAUGAAAGAAUGAUAGAGAAAGAGAGAGAGAUAUAUAUGUUGUUUUUUAAAUAAAAGAAAGAAGUAAGGAAGGAGAACGUGGAGUAUACAAUAAAAAAAAAAGAAAGAGAAAGAAAGAAAGACAGAUUUGAUUGUACCAAAUCAUCCGUUGCUUAUAAAUAUAAUUGCGUAAAUAGUUACACACACAUACACACACAUACACACCCAGAGAGCACACAGAAACACACACACACACAACGCAGAUUAUAAUAAGGAAUCCAUUCGGAGCUGUGCUCCUAUACUGGCAACCGUAGGAACGUGGGGUUUUUAAAAUUUCUUACCAUUGCAUAAUAAUAAUUAAACGAUAAAAUAACGAUAAUGGUAACAAUAAAGGAUAAUUAAACAGAGAAAAUAAUAAUAAACGACAAUGAUAAACAAGUAAUGAUAGCUACGAGUAAAAUAAAAUAAAAGAAAAAUAGAUGAUUUAACGGAAUGGACAGCUUGCUCAUACUAUUUUCAUGGAGCUAAGAGUGAGAGUGAGAAAGAAAAAGAGAGGGGGAACACACGAUUGCCAUUGUUUUGAGAUUCGUUUUUCAAUUCUUUUUUUUUUAUGAUUUUUCUCAUCAAAUUUCUUGUCGAACGUUUCGAGAUUCGCACACGACGUGCUCGCUUGGCGUUACGCUCCGUUACCUCCACUACGUAAAGAACUCGUACGGAGACAGAGAGUGACAUAUACAUAUAUAAAUAUAAAUAUAUAUAUAUAUAUAUAUAAAAAUAUAUAAAUAUAAUUAUUGUAAAAUAAUGUAAUGUGACUUUGAAGACGUAGAGAGAAAAGGAGAGAGAAAGAGAGCGAGUCCGUGGAAAGAUUCUUUACGCGUAAAUAGAUACACAUUUAUUAAAAAAAAAAAAAAA